CCUCGCAGGGUCCAGGGCUCAGCCACCCUCAGGGUGUGGGACAGGCUCAGGGGCUGGGGGGCAGAGCUGGACUGAAGGCUGGAGGUGGGGUCUGUGCUGCUGCUGCUCCUGGGAGGGUCUCUGGGUGUCUCCCCAGGGAGUGUGAACCCUGUGGGAACAGAGAUCUGCUCUGAGGUUCCUCUUCUGUGUCUGUGAGGCCUCCUGCUCCUCCCCAGCUUCCUGUGGUCUCCCUGCAGUGCCCUCCACUCCUCUCCCUCUCUGUCCACACACAGGAGGCAGGAAGCCCCAGUCAGACAUGCUGCUGCUGCUGCUGCUGCUGCUGCCCCUGCUGUGGGUUCAGGAGAGGGGGAGAGGGGGCAGCAGGGUGGAGGCUGUGGCUUAUCAUCCUCUCCCCUCAGACUCUCCAGCUCAGGAUUCUGGAUUCUGGCUGCAAGUACAGGAGCCUGUGACAGUGCAGGAGGGCCUGUGUGUGUAUGUGCCUUGCAAAUUCUCUGAUCCCUGGAGACACUAUGAUUACCUUGACCCAGUUCACAGCUACUGGUUCAGGGAAGGAGCUAAAACAGACUCAGAUGCUCCAGUGGCCACAAACAACCCAGAGCGUGAAGUGCUGAAGGAGACCCAGGGCCGCUUCCUCCUCCUCGGGGACCCCAAGAACUACAGCUGCUCCCUGUUCAUCAGAGACGCCAGGAAGGAAGACCAGGGAAGAUAUUUUUUUCGGCAGGAGAGAAAAUUUGCACAGUACACUUACACUAUGAGUUGGCUCCACCUGCGUGUGGAAGCCCUGAUCCAUACCCUCCACGUCCUCAUCCCAGAGAUGCUCCAGUCUGGCUGCUCCAGGAACCUGAGCUGCUCUGUGCCCUGGGCCUGUGAGAGGGGGACACUGAGCGUCCCUGGGGCUAAUGUGACUGUGGAGAGAACUGUGCAGCUGAACAUGACCUUGAGCCCAGAGCCCCUGACAGAGCUGGUGCUGGUGGUCAUCUUGGAAGUUGCUGUCAAGUUCCUGAUCCUCCUCUUCCUGGUCAUCCUGCUGGUGAGAUUCCACAGGAAGGAAGGGGUGAGACCCUCAGGGAGCAAGGAAGAUGCAAACACCAACCAGUGCUAGUCUCUCAGGCUCUAGAUUAGAGUCCAAAGACCAGUUCCACCCACACCUGCACAGUGUGGAGAGCCUCACCUCCUCUCCAUGGACAGAGACCACGUGCAAACCCACAAGCUGCUCUGUCCCCUGUCACCUCCUCCUGGAUUCCCUCCUCUCCUGGAGCCCCAAGCGUUAACAUCAAAUGAGCAAAGGUCAGUGACUCAGAGACUCUACCUGUGCUCUUCUUCCUCCUGAAAUUCCUCAAACUUGUGGAGACCUUCAGUUACUGUUAGUGAAAACGUCUCAAGCCUCAGCUCCUUGGAGAUGCCCGGAGAGAUGGGGGAGCAGUGCAUCCAAACUCUCUCAUUCAGAAGCUGUCACUAUGGAGGCCAGAAGGAUGGAUUCAAAAACCAUGAGAAAAAACACUGUAGCAUGUUGGGUGUCUGAUUUCUUUUCUGUAAAACAGCAGGCAUGACAAGGAAGGGGUGGCAUGUGGAGGGACAGCAUCCAGUCCUGAGGUUGGGUGGAGUGAUGAGUGAGCCAGGACCUGAAGGUGGGAAGAAAGCAGGUCCUGAGUUUGCCCAAGAGAAAAUGAUUCCAAGGACAGGGAGAGGGCAGUGAGUGAGUGUGUGGAGAAGCCCAGGGCUGAGAGCUGUGCACACAGAAGGAGCUGAUGACUGACAGCAGAGGAGUCAGGGGAGAAAUCUCAGGGGCUAACAAGUCUCACUGUGAGCGAGAGCUGUGAAGAUAGCAGAGAGGAAGGGGCAGAUCCCCUGGGGUGUUAACAUGCAGGUUAGUGCCAGGGUCUGGAUCCUGGGAAGAGAGAAGAGGCUGACAUUCAUUUAACAGGGUCCCUGGCAGCAAUGUUAACAACUGGUCCAGAGCAGGCCCUUGACAGCACAACAGAGAUGGGGGAGCAGUCUGGACAUAGCUCAUGCUGUUAGAGUAUCAGCAGGCACAUCUGAGACCCAGAGAUGGGGGAGCCCUGGUCCAUCUGGAGCAGUGACUCCGUAAGUGGGGGAGCAGGGGAGUUCUAUUAGGAUUCACAAGAAGUUGCCACUGUUCUUUUCAUCUGAAAGAUUUCUGAGAGUUUAUUAAUAUUUGUUAUUUUUAGUAUUCAUUGAUAUGAUAGGACAGAGAGGAUGCAGAUAUGUCCCCACUGUGCAGGUGUGGAUGGUGCACUCUGCCUGAAACCUGCAUGGAGGAGAGAGAAGCAGGAGGAAUCUCAGUGGUGUCCCUCAGACCAGCCUCUGCCCCAGUCCAGCUGCCUCCUUCCUGCAGCCCCAGUGACCUACCCUCCCCUGCCCACUGUCACCCCCAGGCCCUGACAGUAUGAGGAACAGGGACACUCAGAACACCCCAUGUCACCCCUUGACCUCACUCCUUUCCUGUCACAUGCAUAGAGAGCUUAUAAUGUUUGUAAUUCUUUUUUUUAUUUAAGAAAGGAUUAAUUAACAAAACCAUAGGGUAGGAGGGGUACAACUUCACACAAUUCCCACCACCCAAUCUCCAUAUCCCACCCCCUCCCCUGAUAGCUUUCCCAUACUCCAUCCCUCUGGGAGCAUGGACCCAGGGUCACUGUGGGUUGUAGAAGGUGGAAGGUCUGGCUUCUGUAAUUGCUUCCCCGCUGAACAUGGGUGUUGACUGGUCAGUCCAUACUCCCAGUCUACCUCUCUCUUUCCCUAGUAGGGUGGGUCUCUGGGGAAGCUGAGCUCUAGGACACAUUGGUGGGGUCUUCAAUCCAGGGAAGCCUGGCCAGCAUCCUGAUGGCAUCUGGAACCUGGUGACUGAAAAGAGAGUUAACAUACUAAACCAAACAAAUUGUUGAGCAAUCAUGGACCCAAACCUUGGAAUAGUGGAGAGGAAGUGUUAGGGGGGUACUCACUGCAAACUCUAGUGUACUUCUGCUUUCAGGUAUAUAUUUUGCAGUAGUUUAUAGAUACUUGUGAAGAUAUGCUCUCUCUCACAGAAACUGGUGUAUAUCUAGGUUUUUGGGACUUUGUUAGAAAGUGAACUACCUGAGAUGAAAUUAGAGUAUACUAUGAAAGGAAAGGUCUCACCUGAGUAAUGAAGCUGAAGGGUUGUCAUUCCACAUGUGAAGUCUCUGGACACAGUCUGAAGUGAAGUAUGUUGAGGUGGCAAUCGUUGUGUUGGUUAGGUUGUGAUCAGCGGAUGCAAUAUUAUUUCAAAAGCCUAGACCAAGUAGAUCAGAAGCAUCCAAUAGCACAGCUAUAUACAAGAUACUGGAUACUGUACAGCAAACCAUAACAAAAGGACUUUUCAAAGUUAACCCAAUUACCAAAUAAUGUCAUGAUAACAUUAACUAUCGAUUGUCUUUUUUAACCCUAAGACAGCAGGAACCUCACAUCUCCACUAUAGAGCCCCUACUUCCCCCAGUCCUGGAACCCUUGGAUAGGGCCCACUUUCCCGUGUGCCUCUCCCAAUCCAUAUCAAGUAAUAUUUGUAAUUCUAUUUCAUGUGAAACCCUCUCUCCACCCUGAAGUAGUAUGUCCCUGUGUCUCCUCUCUUUGAGUCUCUGAUGUCCAGAGAGCAGUUGCAGUUCUUGGGGUCCCUAGUGAGGAGGAAUCGGCCCUGGGUCUCCUUCAGCACUUCACCCUGUGGGUUGCUUGUGGCCACUGGAUUAAACCUGCUGUAAUGACCCCAGCCCUAAAACCAGUAGCCAGACCCUGAUGUGGUGUUGUUCCAGCCAUGCUCGGGGUAGGAGACUCUGCAGGGCACAUGCACACACAGGCCCUUCUUCACCAUCAUCAGUUCCUGCAGCCGCAGCCUGUAGUCUGCUCCAUGAGCCCAGGAGCCUGCAGUGAAAAGAAGGUCUGUUACAACCCAUGCCCCCCUCACCAUGCCCUCGGGUCCACUCACCUGCCCACAGUGGGGCAGCAAUAGCAGCAGUGAUGUUGGUGGUGGCAGCAUCUGGGGAGUGAGUAAAAAGGCUCUGGAGUCACAGGACUGAGAGGAAUCACUGACAGGAAGCCCAAGGGAACCAGAGAAGACUGAGCUCAGAGGAGGAAGUGGGUGUCCACACAUGGUCAGAACUGCUGGGGUCCUGGGACAGGGGGAGCCUUUUCUGUCCACUGAGGAGGACCUGUUUUCUGGCUCUUGUCCUGUCCUGUCUCUCCCACCCUGCUGUGUAGGAGGCAGUCAUUCAUUCAUACAUUCAUUCAUCCAUUCACUCACUUAGCAAACACAGUUGUAGGUCUGAAUCCUGAGUGGUGAGUCCCAUGUGUGGGGGACCGUUUAGGGUCUGUGUGAGUGCCUGGGGAGGAAUGAGUUAGAUUUGUGCUAUGUAAAGUGUGAGUGACUUGUGUUCCUUCAUCCUGUUGUUCACUCAUUUACAUCCAGCUCUCCCUGGAGCACCUGUUUCCUCGUGAGUGGGGAGAAGGAGGGACACAGGGAUCGGGUUUGAACCAGUGAGUGGCUCCCAUGCAGUGGCCACGGCUCUCCCCAAACACACAGUGUUGUCGGCACAAUAAUGUCAAAAAACUCACCAGCAGAAGCUGAAAAACAAGAAUAGAAGAGAAAAUGCUAAGCAGAAGUUGGAUUGGAGGUGGUGUAUUGCACCAAAGUAAAAGACUUGGGGUGGGUGGGGAAGGGUUCAGGUCCUGGAACAGGAUGACAGAGGACCUAGUGGGGGUUGUAUUGUUAUGUGGAAAACUGGGAAAUGUUAUAUAUGUACAAACUAUUGUAUUUACGGUCAACUGUAAAACAUCCCCCAAUAAAGAAAAAAUUAAAAAUUA